GUCCAUUCAUUACGUCAACAUUAGACAAGAACAUGGCUGCCACAGAACCUGUACCACGAGUGCUAAAGGUACUUGUGAUUCAUGGAUAUCGGCAAAGUGCUAAAUCGUCCAGAGAAAAAACUGGAUCGUUUCGCAAAGGAUUAAAAAAGUAUUUAGAUCUAGUAUACUUUACUGCUCCUAACAAAUUACCUGCAGUAUCAGUGACAGAUGAAAACAGUAGGGAGGAAUAUGGAUGGUGGUUUUCAAAGCGACAGAAUUCAUUAUCCUUUAAUGCUCACGAACAAAGUGAGAUUGAUCCUGGGCACGAAGCUUCUGUUGAGUUAAUAAAAAAGACUUUCAUUGAACAGGGUCCAUUUGAUGGUCUUUUGGGAUUCAGCCAAGGUGCAACAAUGGCAGCACAUAUUUGCGCAUUACGUGAACAAGAAGAGACACCGUUCCAGUUUAAAUUUGCGAUAUUAUGCGCGGGAUUUAAAUCGCGUUCUACGGCGCAUCAAAAAUAUUACAACCGUCCGAUCACGUGUCCUGUGCUACAUGUGUAUGGUGAUACAGACCAAGUGAUACCUAAAGAAAUGAGCUUGGAAUUGGAAGAACUUUUUACGGAUUCUACUGUUUUGAAUCAUCCCGGAGCCAGGACUUUUGUUUUUUAGGCCACUACCUUCCUGCUACUGCAACUGAAAGAAAAGUGUACCAGCAAUUCCUUGAUCGAUUUAGAACCUAAUAUUACUAUUGCAUUAUUUCGCCUGUGUUUAACAGAGAAAAAGUUUGCUACACAAUCUUUGACAUCAGAACAGAAGACCAGGGACCAGCAAAUUAAAGGAGUAUGAAACGAAAGCUUAGCAAUACAACAAACAUUUGUAUAUGAUUCAUGCAGUGAUGUUACUAGAAAGUUAAAAAAGUCAGAUGGACAGAAGUCUCGGAAUGGUUUUGUAGGAAACUAGACGCUAGUUCCCAAAUGUUGCCCCAUGAGUAGUUUAUAUGCACGCGGGAUAUAUUUUUGUCAGCGUAAAACAGGAAAUAGCAUACCUAUAA